AUGCGUAUCUGGUAUGAACAUGACAAUGUCAUCAACUUAGACAUUUUGUCAAAGAGAGACCUCCAAAACGAACAGCAUGCGAUUGAUAAUAUUAUUAGUACUUUACCGGUAGAUACUGUUUAUACAUAUGAUGACUUCUCAGUUUAUGGAGAAGUGAUUGAAAGCAAUAACACCAGCAACAGUAUCCAAAAGAGGUGUGUAGGUGUUGGAGCUGCCUGUAUACCCCAGUGCCAAACAUCUCGUGUAACAGAAAAACGUAUGUACAAAAGAGGUAACUGGUAUGGGGACUGGGAAAAAAUCAGUAAUUGCUUACAAUCGGGUCUUGGUCGGAGAGGUCUGAUAGCGUUGCUGUACAGUUUCUCAAAAACUGAAACCCAUGAAGCAGGAUUUGAUAUCAAUUUUGGAGUGGAUUGGAUUAAUGCUCACAUGGGCUACUCGGUAUCAAAAACAUAUUCCAAGAGUACAACUUACACUUGUAAUUUUGAUUCCAUCGAUUGGGCCUUAUCAUUGUGGUAUCUGCAGCAUUAUAUAUGGAUGGAUAAGCAAGAACGUGUACGUACUGUUUACUCUGCUGACUGUCAUGCCGGAUCAGUAUCCUAUACUGGUUGGGGAACAACUAGACACGCCGAUAUUCCGAUUUCCAAACAGGACGGUGAUAUGUUCUAA